AUGCCUCGUCAAAAGGAAAGCUACAAUCUUUAUCCACCACUAACCGUAGCAAAUGUUCAUCUAGAGAAGUCCUUUUGUGUAAAAUAUCUUGGUGUGUAUAUUGAUUGUCACCUUACUUGGCAUGACCAUAUUGAUUACCUAUGUGGCAAAAUUAGCAAACAUAUAAAUAUAAUGGUUAAGUUGAAACAUUAUGUAUCAAAAGCAACACUUAUUAGUGUGUAUUAUUCUCUUAUUUAUCCUUACCUUACUUAUGCUUGUACACUUUGGGGAAAUAAUUAUAACGCUCCAUUGUCUUAA